CGCCUCCCCUAGACUCCCGAGGCACAGUACGCAGUGACUUGCCUGCAGGCUUUUUGGAAGUUGGUGUUGUAUUAUGAUUUCGCAAAUAAAAACGUAGGGCAUAUCCACCAGACACAGGAAACACAGACCUAUUUGCAUUAUUCCAAUUCAGAGAGCAAAUUCUGCAGAGUUGUCACCCAAAAUGGCCCGGGUAUUUUAUGCUGGAAUAUGUCUGCUGUUGAUCCACAUGCUAACGGUUGUAAUUGUCAAGGUGGACACCAAAGGGCUCACAAAUUUAAAGAGGCAAAAAAGGGAGUGGAUCGUACCACCGAGGAAACUGAAAGAGAAUGUGGAUUACAGACGCGAAGUCAUCGCAAAAAUUCGGUCCGAUGAAGAGACGAGGACUUCGAUCAGAUACUCCCUGACAGGUCCCGGCGCUGACAAGGACCCCGUCGGGCUGUUUGUUGUUGAUUCACGGAGUGGCGAAGUCAGGGUGACGGAUAUUCUGGACCGAGAGAAAGUAGCGGUUUACUACCUCCAGGGCGUGGCAAAAUUUGACAAUGGUUCACAAGCAGAGAGAAACAUUGACCUACGCGUCAUUGUAGAAGACGAAAAUGACAACGAUCCGGUGUUUUCCAUUGUGAAAGCUGGAAAUGUCAGUGAAUUAAGCCAGUCAGGCACUUUAGUGAUGAUAAUUGCUGCCACAGACGCUGAUGAUCCAGCGACUCCCAAUGCUCAGAUAACUUACAGCAUCCUGGAACAGGUUCCAGGUGACCCAGUCAUGUUCUACCUCGUCAAGGAAACGGGCGAGAUUCGCGUCCGACAAAACACUCUAGACAGAGAAACGCACACUUCCUAUACGUUGAAAGUUAUUGGCGCCGACAUGAACGGGCAGAAGGGAGGCAGAACUGGUACAGGAGCUUUUACAAUCAACAUCCUGGAUGUCAACGACAACGUCCCCACGCUGGAGAAAUCUUACUAUGAGGGCAGUGUGGAGGAGAACACAGUGAAUGUGGAGGUGAUGCGCAUCAAAGCUGUGGACCUCGACUCAAUCAACACCGACAACUGGCGGACGAUUUUCUCAAUCGUUUCAGGAAACGAAGCCGGAUACUUCAACAUCACGACGGACGAAAAGACCAACGAGGGCGUUAUAACACUGAUCAAGGCCCUGGAUUAUGAAGAGCUGAAAGAGGUGAACCUCAGGAUCAGUAUGCGCAACAAAGCGGCCUACCACGAAAGCGUGGUCCUGCCACCGGGCGGAAAAUCCUACCCCAUCAAGAUAAACGUGAAGAACCAGCCGGAAGGCCCCAGGUUCAGUCCCGCCAUGAAGGCCAUCUCCAUCUCCGAGAACAGCAAGGUGGUGACCACCCACACCGUCAUCGCCACCUACACCGCCAUCGACGGGGACACCCUAGUGGCGGCAGAAAACGUCCGGUAUGCAAAAUUGGUCGACCAAGCCAACUGGUUGAUAAUCGAUGAAAGGACUGCAGAGAUUAAACUGAGCCAAAUACCAGAUCGGGAAUCCAAGUUCUUGGUUAAUGGAACAUACAUUGCAAAGAUAAUAUGUAUAACGAAUGACAUCCCAGCAAAAACCGCCACCGGAACCAUAUUCAUGGAGGUAGAGGACUUCAACGACCACUGCCCCACGCUCACCAGCACGACUCGGACCGCCUGCAGCUACGACACCGCCCUGCUGGUCACUGCCGAGGACGCGGACCCCGACCCCAACGGCGCCCCCUUCCACUUCCGGGUCGUGCGCGAAGGCACAAAGCAGAAGUGGACCGUCGAACCUGCCGACGAGAACAGAAGUGUGAUCCUGAGAGCCAGUGAGAAGCUGUGGCCCGGCCUGUACCAAGUGGAGCUGGAAGUGCGGGACCAGCAGGGCAAGGCCUGUGAGGCCCGGCAGGUUCUGGACGUGAUGGUCUGCACCUGUGGGGAGGGCGGGGCGGAGAAGGCGUGCGAGGCCAGGGCCGUGCCUUCAACCGUUUUCGGGGCUCCAGGGGUGGCCUUCCUGCUGCUGGCCCUGCUGCUGCUUCUACUGGUGCCUCUGUUACUGCUGUUCUGUACGUGCGGGGGCAAACACUUCAUGAUGAUGCCGGUGGACACCAAAGAGCAUCUGAUAGAGUACCACACAGAGAGACCUGGAGAAGACAAGGAAGUCCCACUUCUAAAAGUCCCCACAGAGGUUGAUGGCUCCAUUAAAGCUAAACAUUUUGAGAAGCUUGGGGCAGGACAAUCUGCGGGAGGGGCAGCAGGAGCAAGUCUGUUGGGGGCGGCAGGGGAAGGUUUUGGGCAGACCAUGGGGGCAGGUUAUGGGCAGGCCAUGGGGGCAGGUUAUGGGCAGGCCAUGGGGGCAGGUUAUGGGCAGGCCAUGGGGGCAGGUUUUGGGCAGACCAUGGGGGCAGGUUAUGGGCAGGCCAUGGGGGCAGGUUAUGGAGGGGCAGAAGGUGGCUACUCUUCCGCCUCUGCCUGGGGCUAUAGUGAUGGAAUACAGGGCGCAGAAAUGAAAGGAAGAUACUCGGGAUUUGAAAGCCUUCACAAAGGAGCCUGGGAUGGAAUCGCCCUCACAGAAGAUUUUCUGGACGAUUACUACUCUCAGAAAGUGGGCUGUGCAGAGAGUCUCGGCGGGCUGUUGGGGGACGGACUGCAGAUAUACGAGUACGAGGGUCAGGAGUCGCCCGCGGGGUCCGUGGGGUGCUGCAGCUUACUGGGCGCCGACGACAACCUGGACUUCCUGAACGACCUGGGCCCCAAGUUCAGAACCCUGGCGGAGAUCUGCAGGGGCUCGGCCACGGAGACCGCGUCCUCGACCGCCGCCGCGGCUCGCGGCGUCCACUCGGGCGCCGCGGCGUCGUCGUCGUCGGAGACGACCCACACCGAGAUCACCGCGGAAACCACGCUGGGCGCCAGCAAGGCCUCACCAGCCCGCGCAGCGUCAUCGUCGAAGACGACCCACACCGAGAUCACCGCGGAAACCACGCUGGGCGUCGGCAAGGCCUCACCGGCCCGAGCGGCUUCCCCCGCCCGCGCAACUCCGCCGGCCCACGCGGUGGAGAGCGUCGUCACGGAGACCAGUUACGCCGCCUCCGCCCCCAGGGUGCAGGUGACGGAGAACGUGCUGGCGUCGAGCGGGGCGUACCUGGUCCAGCCGACGCCCGUGCUCUACGCCACCGCCCCGGUCCUGCAGACCCGCUACGUCCUGGAGCAGCCGGGCCUGGGCGCCACCCUGCUGGUGACGGACAGGCCCGGGAGCGCCCAGGGCGUGUACCUGCUCAACGACGCUCCGUGCAUGGGUGAGACGGUGCUCGUCCGGGAGCAGAGGGGGGCGGCGGUGCCGGCUGGCGCUUUGGGCAUGAACGAGGGCGUGGUCCUGGUGGAGCAGCGCCACGUGCUGAGAGAAGCCGACGCCGGGCGGGGCCACACCCUCCUGCGCGUGGAGAGCCCGGGGCCCGGGGCCCAGAGCCUGCUGGUGCUGGAGAGGCAGGUGGUCACAGAGAGCCAAUCGGAACCAAGGCAGGUGCUUGUACAGGAGAGGAGCGCCUCGGCAUCCCCAAACCCCCUGCUGGUGGAGAGUCAGGUGGCCGUGGAGUCAGGUCAUCAGCAAGGGCUUCAACAGGGAACGAGCCUCUCGCAGUCCCACAGUCUCCUGCUGGAGGUGGGCGCAGGAUCCACGCGGGGACGUCUGUCGCCAGCCUCCCAGAACUCGCUGGCUGGGGAGGAGGGUGUCUCCUGGCCAUCUGGCGCUCAGGAGGAGGGGGCGGAGCUCCGGAUGGUUGCUCCACCCGGGGCCCACACGGUGGUCAGGCAGGAGAAGCAGAUCUCCUACUCUGAGAGGAGCAUGCAGGAGGUUUCCCUCCUGGGCCCGCACAGCCCCCCAUCUGAGCUCGUCACUCGUUGCUUAGCCCUCUUCUUUCUUUUUUUUUUUUUUACUAAUGCUUUCGGCCUAAUCCUCAAAAACACAAAAAAAAUUAUUAUUCAGGCUCAUACCAUUCAGCCCAAGGGGAAUCACGUGGGAUGCACACUGUGGUCUUGAAGAGUGAGGAGUGACAUGUUAACACAGGCCAGCGUAUACUGAAGUUGUCUUGGUCUGCUAAACUGCUGAGCGUGUUGUAAACACACUGUGCAUAAUGGGCAAAGUCUAAAAAGGGAGUGCUAGGAAGGCAGAGUUGUUUUUUUGAACUUCAGGCCUACUUCUGGUUUUCUCAGAACACAGAAAUUAUUUACAUGCCUGUAGCCUAGUCGUUUAUUUUACCUGACAUUUCUUUGAGAUAAUCCUGCAGGCUGCGAAUGUGACCUUGUGCAAAUGCGCUGGCUCAAUACAGCAGUGAGCCACCUUUAGUGUAUACGGCUGUUUAGAAAGGUCUAGAAAGUUCAGAAUAAUUAGCUGGGGUGGGGGGUGGGCAGCACAUUCUGCACACUCUGCAUUACAUUACAGGCAUUUAGCAGACGCUCUUAUUCAGAGCGACUUACAUAACUUUUUUUAUUUUUUACAUAGCAUUUACAUUGCAUCCAUUUAUACAGUUGGAUAUAUACUGAAAGAAAUACCGGUUAAGUGCCUUGCUCAAGGGUACAACCUGUGACCUUUUGGUUGCCAGCUCCUUACCCAUUAUGCUACACUGCUGCCCUACACUGGCUCUCUGAACCAGCACAACUUCAUCCCAGCCUGACCAAGCAAAGGGAAUAUGCGCAUGUGGGUCCCACUUCAUAAAUAAAUACGUAAAUGCUAAUGAAAUAGGCUGUGUUGACAUAUUACUACCUUAACAUGAAUGCAGAGAGUGCUUGCUUUAAUACUGAAACCAGCUCAAAUAGCAAUUGGCAGUUGCAUAAGACCUAAGCUUUCUUAUUUCAGUCUAUGAAUUGCAUUCGACUCUGCUGCUAACAGAACAGAGUGUUUUGAUUAUCCAACGUGGUGAACACGCACCUUUUUUUCUUCCCCAAGAGAUUCUUGUCGUGUGAUUAUUUUUCCCCACACGUUAAGCAGUUAAAGCAAAGGGUGUCCCUUAUCCAACCAAAUAUAUAUUUUCCAUAUAUUGAGACCAAAUAUAUUUGAAUUCUCUAUUGGUCAUUUUUUGUGAGAAUGGAAAACUAUUCUGAUAAUAUUUUGUUUAGCACUUAAUACGCAUCAGUGAGACAAAACACUGCAAGAUCUGUCGAGUAAUCAAUUGUCAGUUGAAGUGGACAAUAUCUUAUUUGUAGUGACACAUUUGAUAAAUGUUGGAAUGUAUUUGUAAGAUAUAUCAUUAAUUGUCAACAGAUUAUUAUUUUUUAAAAACUGUCAAUAUAUUGGAAUGUAUUAUAGAUAUGUUGUUAAAAUAGUUAUUUUGCAGAGGCACUGCCAUGUUCCUUUGUCCUCUAACUGGAACAUCAGACACCGUUGUGAGGUUGUAAGUUAAACAGACAAAACACUAGUAAUGUUACUGUAUGGCAAUGCAUUUAUAAUCGAUGGGCAAAAUUUUGUCUCAUUCAAAUUUCAACUGACAACAUAAGAACAGCAUUCAUGUACCUGCCACUGUCAGAUGCUGGCUCUUAUAGUCCCCACCUUAUAAAUUAAUAAAUAAAUAAAAUUGGGGAGGGGUCUUUGGCUGUGUGGCCUAUGAGAGAACUUUGCAUUCAUUUUGUUAUUUUCUCUUUGUUUACGCUUACACAUUUUUUGCAUUAUUUUGGGGCUUCAUUGGGUAAUUAUGAAUUUUUAUGUCUUUCUUGAUCCAGAUCAGAAUUAUAAUACAAAUUUACUUCCAAAGGAUAAUAUCUCAAAUCUUCUCCUGAAGUCAUGUAUUAAAUGUUUUAAAUUAAAAUUAAAAAUUUGCUAAUAUAUUUUUAUACUUUUUUUUCUUUCGUGAAACUGUAUUGUCCUGCAUUUCCUUCUAUUUACAAUAUCUUAAUGAAUUUGUAUGGAAAAAAACAAUUAAAAUAAACUUGAAUUUUAAAAAGCUUUUCGUUUAACAAAGUGAAUGGCUGGCAGUAUCUAGUAUAUGUCGGUAUUUAUCCUAAAAGGUCUAUGCGCUUGGUCCAUGCACGUUUAACAAUGAAGUAUCAAUGACGUGUGCUGUAUUUUUCAAAAUAAAAUGUUUUAACGAAUAAAGUGUGCACAUUGGAUACACA